CUGGAGGUCUCAAGCAUGUGCAAUUGUUGGGUUGUAUUAGCCUUUUGCUGCUUGGGACAGCUGUGUGCAGAUCAAAACCUGAAGCCUCAGAUUGCAGCCCCCCAGCUUGCUACAAACAAUCCCACUCUCACUACAGUUGCUCUAGAAAAACCUUUCUGUAUGUUUGACAGCUCACUGUCUCCAAAGAAAUCUUAUGUCAUCUACUUGUACGCAAUGAAGGAAUCAGCAAGUGCAGUAAGCUCCCUGGUGACUGACAACAGCAGCAAACCACUCAACAGCACGUUCCAACAAACAAGUGGGGGACAGCUUGGACCUUACAAGGCUGCCUUGUUCAACGUACCCAACUGUGCAUCACCUCCCAAGCUUGCUGAUGUAGGAGAUGUCAACAAAGUUUCUGAUGUCCUGAAACAAUACCUCUUCAGAGUUGGGGAUGAUGGGACCUGUUUAUAUGACCCAAACUUCCUAGCUGUCUGUAACCCACCUCUUGCACCAGACACAACAUACAGGUUUAAAUACGUUUUGGUAGAAAGCACUGAAGGUAUAAUGAAAGCCCAAACUCUCUGGUCUGAUCCAAUCAAAACCAGAAGAGUUAAACUUCCCCUGAAAAUUGAUACCUGGCCUGGUCGAAGGAGUGGAGGCAUGAUUGUCAUUACAUCGAUUCAAAGCGUUCUUGUGUUCCUUCUGCUUGCUGGCCUUCUUGCUUCUGUGUCCUCUGCUGUCAUGGGAUCAGAAGAUUCUUCUGCAGAGACAAGGCACGUGUCUCAGACUAUUCAACAAAGUGAACCGAGACCACAGUUAAGCUCUGAGUGA